AUUCAUUCAUUCCCCCGUGUCGCUGAUGCUGGCCUGGCUUUGCUCUCACUGCUCUGCGAGCUCCUCCGCCCUGGCUGCCGAAGGCCCCUUCCCGCCAUCUAAUGAUACACUCUGCAUACGCUUCUGUUGAAAAUUUGUGGCUAGACAUUCCUGUGGGACCAGGAAUCCAAAUUCUUGGGUACAAACAGAAACUUACUUUCCUUGGGGAUUUUUUUCUCUCUCGCUCACACACACUCUCGCGUUCUUUCCUUUUUUCUUUUUCGUAGCAGUAGGGGGGAAAAAGAGACAAAACAAAACAAAACAAAAAAAAGCAACACCCCCCCACCCCCCACUUUAUUUUCAAAAAGUAGCUAAGAAAAAAAUAAAACAACAGCCAACCAAGUCAAUCCCAACCCACUCCCGUGAAGGGCCGAGUUCUCGCCUUCCUCAGAGCGGGGCAUGGCAUCAAACAGCAUCUUCGAUUCCUUCCCGACCUACACGCCGACCUUCAUCCGCGACCCGAGCACCAGCCGCCGCUUCACACCUCCCUCCACGGCCUUCCCCUGCGGCGGCGGCGGCGGCGGCGGCGGCGGUGGCAAGAUGGGCGAGAACAGCGGCGCGCUGAGCGCGCAGGCGGCCGUGGGGCCCGGCGGGCGCACCCGGCCCGAGGUGCGCUCGAUGGUGGAUGUGCUGGCGGACCACGCGGGCGAGCUGGUGCGCACCGACAGCCCCAACUUCCUCUGCUCUGUGCUGCCCUCGCAUUGGCGCUGCAACAAGACGCUCCCCAUCGCCUUCAAGGUGGUGGCGCUGGGGGAUGUGCCAGAUGGAACGGUGGUGACUGUGAUGGCUGGCAACGAUGAGAACUACUCUGCUGAACUGCGCAAUGCCUCUGCCGUCAUGAAGAACCAGGUGGCCAGGUUCAACGACCUUCGCUUCGUGGGCCGCAGUGGGCGAGGGAAGAGUUUCACACUGACCAUCACCGUGUUCACCAACCCCACCCAAGUGGCCACCUACCACCGAGCCAUCAAGGUGACCGUGGAUGGACCCCGGGAGCCCAGACGACACCGGCAGAAGAUGGAGGACCAGACCAAGACAUUCUCUGACCGCUACGGGGAACUGGAUCGGCUGCGCAUGCGAGUGACACCGAGCACGCCCAGCCCUCGAGGCUCGCUCAGCACCACAAGCCACUUCAGCAGCCAAGCCCAGACCCCCAUCCAAGGCACCUCGGACCUGAAUCCUUUCUCCGACCCCCGCCAGUUUGACCGCUCCUUCCCAGCGCUGCAGACCCUCACGGAGAGCCGCUUCCCCGACCCCAGGAUGCAUUACCCAGGGGCCAUGUCGGCCGCCUUCCCCUACAGCGCCACGCCCUCGGGCACGAGCAUCAGCAGCCUCAGCGUGGCCAGCAUGCCGGCCACCAGCCGCUUCCACCACACCUACCUCCCGCCGCCCUACCCUGGGGCCCCGCAGAACCAGAGCGGGCCCUUCCAGGCCAACCCGUCCCCCUACCACCUCUACUACGGCGCGUCCUCCGGCUCCUACCAGUUCUCCAUGGUGGCCGGCAGCAGCGGUGGCGGUGACCGCUCGCCCACCCGCAUGCUGGCCUCCUGCACCAGCAGCGCCGCCUCUGUGGCCGCCGGCAACCUCAUGAACCCCAGCCUGGGCGGCCAGAGUGACGGCGUGGAGGCCGAUGGCAGCCACAGCAACUCACCCACCGCCCUGAGCACGCCGGGCCGCAUGGACGAGGCCGUGUGGAGGCCCUACUGACCGCCCGGGUCAAAGUGGACUGCUCCUGAUGGAGGCAAGGACCCCAAGAACCUUCCCAACAAGUGGCAGGCCCAGCUCCGAGGCUCAGGGCUUGGCUGCUCCAUGGCAACCAUGGGCCCAGGGCACCAGGGCCCAGAGCUGGUGGUUGGCUCUGGAAGCAUCUAGUCCAGCCACGUCUUUGUACAGAGGGGACACCGCCCCCAGCCCAGAUCUUAGUCAUCUCAUCCCACUUUCCUGUGGGAAAGUGUCCUCUUGCCGCCUCCCCUGGUGACCUGGCUGUCCCCAGCUGUGCCCGAUGUUGUCGUGGGGCCUAGGUCUCCUGGGAUAGAAACCGUUUCUGUUCCAGAGAGAGAGAGGCAGCAUUUGCCCACACCAUUUGGCCUCUUAUCCACGGGGCCCUGGAAAGACCUUGUCACCCCACCUUCCUCAGAGACCCUGUACCCCAUGGGCCCAGCCCUCCCUCCGCAUUUACACAAAUUGAGUCAAAACUGGAAGGCACCCCCACCCCUGAGAGGGGUUCCCCUCAUUGUAUAGACAGGGAAGGGACCCAUCCAGAGGACCCAGGAAAUCACUGGCAGAGAUGGGAAGAGAACACCCCCCCAAACCAGUCCCCCCAGCUCUGCUUCCCCACAAUUUCUAACAACCAUCCUAGUCCCAGUCCCAGCUGUCUGUGGGUCCCAGGCCCCAGAGUAGACUAGCCUAUGGCAGCAGGUCCCUAAAACCAGGGAAGGCUCCUGCAGACGGGUCCUCCAUGCACUUUACCAGCCCAAGGCAUUGCCCCGCUCUUCUCUUGUGGAGGGCCGGGGGUUCCUCCUUCCCCCAAGGCUGGUCUCAAAAUGGCCAUUUUUGGAGAGAGCACAAGAACCACAUAGGUCCAAGCGGAAAGCAGGGGUGAGGGGUCAUGGGGUCAAAUGUCAGAAUCUCUGUCCCACCUAGGUCCAGCCAAGCUGUACACACCCCCGACCCCCAGGUUGGUGGGAAGGCCCAGCCAAAUCUUCCAACCUCGGACACACAACUCUCCAUCUUUAACCAGUCUGUACUACAAAAGCCGUCUUGAACAGAAACUAGUUUUCAAAGCCAAUUUUAGAAAAAGGAACUUCAGUCAAUCAUGCUCAAACCUGUGGUCUCUUACAGGUAAAGCUCCGUGGUCGUGAACAAUAUCCCUUCCCCCUUCUGAGGGUGGGAUUGUUGGGACCUCAAUACGCCCUCAAGAGGUCAUAAUCCUUCAGCAGAAUCCCACCAAUAUCCCCGAAAGGCUGGCCCUGGGGGGGACCGAGGGAAGCAGUGAUGAGAUGCUGGAAUCUCACCUCUGUGGCUCUUAGACAUUUGGCCACGAGGAUGUGUCUAAGGAUGUGUGGGUGUUCUGGUGCAGGUGGGUGGGAUGUCAGAGGCGUGAUGGCAGAACAGAAGCUCUGUGAAGGGCUCCCCAGCCUCAGCCCAGCCCACCCUGUGCUCAGAGGGGAAGCACUGCCCCUUCGGUUUGCAAAUGGAAAAGCAGGCCUUGCCCAAGGGGUUUAGGCUGCACGGAUUCUCCAUCUGAGUUCUUUAGUUCUAGAAAGACUUAGGUGCAAAAGGGGAAGAAAACUCAGGAGGGGUAGACAACGUGUGGUGUUUAGCAGUUGUUUCAGCCACAUCCCCUGUGGGUGUGGAAAUCUCCCUACAGAAUGCUCCUCCGCGGCUAUCUCUAUCAUAGCCCUACCACCCUGACCUGUAAUAACAGCCCGAUUCAAACAGGCUUGGAAGUCCUUCUGGUGAUCUUGUCUGUCCUGCCCUCACUGGAAAAAGCAGUCUCCAUCUCUUCAGGAUAGCUGCUGGGGGUGUCCUGCUGACCCCCUGCACCCAGGGUCUCCCUACCCCUUCUCAAGAAGCAGCUACAAACCCAUUAUCCUUGUACCUUCUUCCGUCCUGUUCUUUGCGGUUGUAGACUGGCCCAGGCCUGUGUGGGAGGCGCCCUCAGGUUCCCAGUGCCCAGCACUUUGUAGCCCCACUCCAGAUUACUACCCCUUCCUGAUAUCCAGGCCCUGGUAGGGACAGGGACAGGAAAUAAAUUGACCCUACCCACGCCCCCAGAUGAAAAGUGACAGCAGUCAUGCUGAGUCUGUUUUUAAGUCCCAUAGUGGGUACAGACAACCUGGGCUUGUACAAAUGGGUCCUUAUUUACAAGGCUACUUUUAAGUUGUAUUGGCAAACACACAUUUAGAAAGCCCAAAGAAACCAAAGUGUUUUGAUCCUGUAUUACUGUAAGCCUGUUGGUGGUGGGUACAGAUCCUUUGUGACAUAUUGUCAUGCUGAGGUGUUACUACCUGGUACGCUCAGUAAAACCAUCCCAGAGCUGGGAAGAGGGUGGGGAGGGGUGGGAACUGCUUU